UUUGCAUGGCUGGCCAAUCUCAACAUUUUCUUGGCACCAAAUUUCCAUAAUAGCCAAAGCAAGGCCCAGAGACCUGUAUCUCUUCUCACCUUCAUGCUAAUUAAGCCAUGAAAGAAGAGAUUAACAAUUCGCAGAGGAAUCAUCACAGAAUACUUAUACUGCUCUUUACCUUCAAUUUCAUUACAUGCACUGCGGAAGAGAGAGACAUAUAUUUGGUUUUACUGGAAGGUGAGCCAGUUGCAUUCUAUCAAGGAGCAGCGCCUGAUAAAGAUGGAAGAAGACCUCUCUACAACAGUGAAGCUUCCAUGGCUCAUGCAAAGCACUUGGUGGACUCUCAUGAUCAAUUUCUGCAAAGCACUCUGGAUGCCGGCAGCUAUGACAAGCUUUACAGCUUUAAACACAUUGUUAAUGGAUUUGCCCUGCAUACCACCCAUUCUCAGGUUGAGAAAUUGAAAGGCGCCCCAGGAGUGAAGCUGGUGGAGAAAGACAGGGGAGCCAAAUUGAUGACGAGUUACACUCCAGAGUUCUUAGGUUUACCAGCAGUUUGGAGUCAACAAGGAGGGGAUAGAAAUGCAGGAGAAGGGAUUGUGAUUGGUUUUGUGGAUUCAGGCAUAAACCCUGUGCACCCAAGCUUUGCUUAUGAUCCCGUGAAUCCAUUGACUUCAAAUACUUCUCACUUUUCUGGAGCUUGUGAGAGUGGCCCUCUGUUUCCUGAGACUUCUUGCAACGGUAAGAUUAUUUCGGCGAGGUUUUUUGCUUCCGGGGCACGAGCUGCUGCCACCCUUAAUCCUUAUGUUGACAUUCAAUCACCCUAUGAUGCAGUUGGACAUGGCAGUCAUGUGGCGUCAACUGCUGCUGGGAAUUCCGGAGUUCCAGUGGUUGUGAAUGGCUUCUUCUACGGUCGGGCCAGUGGGAUGGCACCACGUGCAAGGAUUGCCGUGUAUAAAGCCAUUUAUCCUACCGUGGGAUCUUUAGCAGAUGUAUUGGCAGCAAUUGAUCAAGCUGUGUUAGAUGGAGUGGAUAUCUUAACACUCUCCAUAGGACCCGAUGCACCGCCAGAAGACACAGUUACAUUCUUAAGCGCCUUUGAAAUAUUCAUGUUGUCUGCACAUAAGGCUGGAGUUUUUGUGGCUCAGGCAGUUGGCAAUCAGGGCCCUGGUCCUUACACAGUAGUUUCAUACAGCCCGUGGACUGUUGGUGUUGCCGCCUGUGGCACAGACAGAACUUAUCCGGGCACUCUUGUCCUUGGCAACGGUCAACAUAUUGGUGGCAUUGGACUGUCAGAUCCCAGUUUUGGGAAGGGAUUGCUUCAGUACAAGUUGGUGCUUGCUAAAGAUGCGAUUAAGGUAAAUGGAACAUUUCCUAGGACUCCACAGUACUUAGAAGAGUGCCAAUACCCAGAGGCACUGGAUCCUACUGCGGUGCAGGGCAGUGUGGUUAUCUGUACCUUCUCGGCUGGCUUCUACAAUGGAACAUCGAACCUAACAGCUGUUAUAGAAACGGCUAAGGUUCUUGGAUUCAUGGGAUUCGUGCUAGUUGCAAACCCCAGUUACGGAGACUUCAUAGCUGAACCCAUUCCUUUCUCCGUUCCUGGCAUAAUGGUCCCAAGAGUAAGAGAUGCACAGAUCAUAUCUCAAUAUUAUGAAGAGCAAACAUAUAGAGAUGAGGAAGGGCUGGUCAUAAGAUAUAGUGGGAGGGCAGCAAUAGGAGAGGGCAGAAUUGCCACUUACACGGAGCGAGCGCCUAUUGUCAGCAGAUUCUCUUCGAGGGGCCCUGAUUAUGUUGACCAAAACAAGAACCCUGCUGAUGUACUUAAGCCUGAUAUCUUAGCUCCAGGGCACCAAAUCUGGGCUGCUUGGAGUCCCAUGAGUGCUGACAACCCCAUUCUAUCUGGUCACAGUUUUGCACUAAUAUCUGGAACCAGCAUGGCAACCCCUCACAUUGCAGGCAUAGCUGCCCUAAUCAAGCAAAUUAAUCCGUCAUGGAGUCCAUCCAUGAUGGCUUCAGCCAUGUCAACCACAGCAAGCAAGUAUGAUAACCGGGGCGAACCCAUAAUGGCUGAAGGGUUCGCUGCCUACACAUUGUACCAAGCCGCUCCAUUUGGUUUUGGGGCGGGCCUUGUGGAUCCUAUUCGUGCCUUAGACCCGGGGCUCGUCUUUUCUGCUGGAUAUGAAGAUUACCUCAGUUUCUUGUGCUCUCUUCCUAAUACUGAUCCAGAGAGAAUCAGAACUGCCACUGGAGGAUCUUGUGCUGCCUUGUUCAGCAACCCCUCUGACCUGAACCAGCCUUCGCUGACAAUAACUGCACUUUCUGGAAUGAGAAUGACAAAAAGAGUUGUGAAGAAUGUUGCAAGCAAACCAGAAACCUACCUGUGUGCUGUACUCCCACCCGAGGGAGUAACCGUGACUGUGGAUCCACCCUGGUUCACUAUUGCUCCUCAAGAAAGCCAAAGCUUGGAAAUAAGACUUCAUGUAACCCAGGCCCUUGAUGACUUUAGCUUCGGUGAAAUUGUUCUGACAGGGAGUUUGAAUCACAUUGUUAGGAUGCCCUUGUCAGUUUUGCCCAUAUCUGUUUAAGUGGGAUAAUGAAUUAUAUUUUUAUCAUUCAUAUUCAAACUUGAUCUAUGCAGAUCAUAUAUACGUGUUGAGGGUAACUCAAUGAAACUGAGAGGGACAGCAAGAAACUAAAUGAAUGAAUGUCUAUAUAAAUGGAUUCAAUGAAA